AUGCACAACCAGAUCACGGCUUCGACGGGCAUGGACCAGGAGAGCCCCCUUGCGCCUGACAACACCUAUGCUAAUGAGAGCUGGGUCAACAUGAAUUCUUUUCAACAACAGACCACGAUACCCGAUUAUGGAGGCGGAUAUGGAUUCAUGCCUCCCAUCACCCACGGCCUACCCUUGCCCUCAGAAUCUCUCGGCAGGAUGCCGCCGCCGCCUUCGCAGCCCGUCCACCAGACCCCAGCUACUCACACGCAACUGCCAAUGCUCAUGAUGCCUCCUCAUACGACAUGGCCGAGUAUGCUGACGAACCCGAACAACUACGGCCCGCCGCACUCCGCUCCACCUGUCGCCAUCCCUUCUCUAGCAGCCCCACUCAAGAUGGCAAAAUUGCCCGCGAUCCAGACUACAUCACAGCCGAGGAAGACCUUGACAGACGAAAACCGCCGGGAGAUGUGUAAAUAUGCCGAGGAGAACCCCAACGCCAAGCAGACUGACAUUGGCGCCGUCUUUGGCGUCGAAAGGAGCACCGUAUCCAAGGUUUUGCGAAACAAAGACAAGUACCUUAACUCGGAGGGGCGGAGUAGCUCUCCGGUCAAGCGCCCUGGCAAGGGGAAAGGCGCAGAUGUUGAAAAGGCUUUGACAAAUUUUGUCAAGAAUCUGAGAAAAGACGGCGUUGAAAUAACAAGCGAGAUGCUCAAGGAGAGGGCGGCCACGUUUUCUAGUCUGACAAACGGCGAGUCGCAUGCCGAGGCGACCAGCUCGACCUGGCUCGAGAAGUUCAUGUUGAAGCAUCGCAUUGGCCCGGGCAGGCUGAUCCGCCGCGCUUCAGAGACCAACAUUCCGGACAGUACCCGUGCGUCUGGUUCACCGUCGCUGGCGCCAUCCCAACCAUCAAGCGCCAUUUCACCUGCUUCUCCUUUAGGCCAUCUGUCCUUGUCUCCCUUGUCGGCAAACAAGAGUGACGAGGAAAAGGAGAGCAUGAGCAGUUUCAUCGACUUCGCCGCCGAUGGGACCUACAAACACUCGACCUCACAGAGCACGACUUCACUCAACGGCGCCUUCUCCGAUGCGGCGACGCCGUCCUUCGCUGGGAGUGCUCUAAGCCCCGCGGCCUCGUUCAACUUCUCCCCCGACCCAAACGUUGGAGCCUUCAUUUCCGGAGACCAGACCCGGCAAACACUGCCGCAAGGCACGGGGUUUCAACGACCACGGAGCCAGACGUUUCCCACGCUGGACCUCGAGUACAUGAAUCAACCUCCGUCGGCGGAACCCGCCACUCCAAGGUAUCAUGUCCCUUCCACUGCACCAUCAUCGGCCCUAGAAUCGUCCAGCAACGGCCCGAGUUUCAGUUUUGAACAGGCCGUCUCCCCGCCUCAGCUCCGUCACAGCAGCAGCAACAGCAGUAUUACCGGCAGGUCAACAACCACGCCCAUCACGUCCGGUGCGGUCGGUUCGUCUCCAGGGUCGCCAACGCAGGAAGAUGCGCGGAGGGCCGCCGACACUCUGCUAUCGUUCAUCACGAGCGCCAGCGGCUUUGUGGACCAGAACGAGUACAUGACAGUCGUGAGGUUGACCGAGAAGCUGCGCCUGCACCAAAGCCAACUCGCCAAAGCCGUAGCUCAUGGAAUGGGAGGGCUGUCAAGAAUCCCGGAAGGCGACAGCGAGAUGCCCAAUGCCCCACCAGUCAUGUUGAAGAUGGAACCGACAAUGAGCGCCUAG